AUGCCGCUCUCGAACACCCCAAAACAUACGAAAUCGUCCAAAAAGAUCAAAGUAAAGCCCCCAAAGAAAAACUCUCCGGCAUUGCUCACAAAGAAAGGAAAAAAACAGAAAUCACCCCCGUCGCCAAUUGUCAAAAGAAAGCUAUCCCAAUCGAGGUCCAAGAUUGUGACCAAGAGCGACGAGGACUCUGAGUAUCAGCUCCCUGAAGCUUCCAUCGCCUCUGAAGCAUCCGAAACGUCUGAAGAGUCCUAUUUGUCUGAUCCUAACUCCCUUCCUGAUGAUUCGGACAACAAAGAACCUUCUUUGGACGACCAAGAAAAUUUGCCCCCGUCGCCGAAGAACAGAACUAAAUCUUCUUUUCGCCCGUCUUCAAAAAACAGGAAGAACGUAUCGCCCCCGUUGCCAAAGAUCAGAAAGAACAGCCACCAAACUAAGAUCAACAACGACCGCCACUAUCAGCAGCCCGAGACUUCCUCAAGCCAACGACCGACUUCAAACAACAAGGACGACGUUGAACAAACCCCUUCAUCUGGCAAAAAGAAGGAGAAGGCGAAAUCUGCGUCUGGCAACAAGAGAACAAAAGGAAACAAGAAGAAAAUCCAGAAGAAGUCCGCCUCAUUCAAGGAAUCCGAAGAGGCAGAAGUCGAGUCGGAUGUGGCCCAUAUUCUUCAAGCCGACGACUCAUUCCUUGGUAAUCAGACGGCCGGCGACGAAUCCAUUGCGAAUCACACCGCCGAAGGUUCCUUCCUUGCCAAUCAAACGGCCGGCGACGCGUCUUUGCUUGAUCAGACGGCCGAGACAGCCUGCGACGAUUCCUUGCUUAAUCCUGGCGACGAAACCAUUCAGACUGGGGAAGACGAAUCCUUCCUGGCCAAUCACACUGCCGCUGCCGAAGAGAAUUCCGUACAGUCUCAGAAGCCACCUCCAAAGUCUCAGCCUGCCUCACGACUUCGAUUACUGCUCAAAUUGCCUAAGUUACCUGCCUCAGGUGAUGAAUUACGUCCCGAUUCAAAGCCUCCAAGCCCGCCCUUACCACCUGAAAGCACAAGACGGCGAUCUACCCGCCAAAAAAAGUGA